AUGCCGCGCGGCGCCUGCGCGGUCACCGCUACUGCCACAGGGACCAGGGAGACCACAGCCCCCACAGUGCACCGCGGCCCCACCGAAAACUACCGCUCCCACAACGCCCCGCGGCUGCACUACAACUCCCACCAUGCCCUGCGGCGGCCCGGGCGGCCCGUCGUCCAGGCCCGCCUCACCGCGGCGCCGGGGGGGCCGCCCCGGCAGGCGGCCGGCUACUGGGGCUCCUACGGCAAGUGCGACCUGCCCCUGCACACGCUGGAGUCGCUGCUGGCCCAGCUGGGCCCCGCCGGCCCCUUCGAGCUGGCCUACUGGACCGGCGACAUCCCGGCCCACGACGUGUGGGAGCAGAGCCGGGCCGACCAGCUGCGGGCGCUGCGCACCGUCACCACGCUGUUGCGCAAGCACUUGGGGACGCUGCCCGUCUACCCGGCCGUGGGCAACCAUGAGGCCGUGCCGGUCAACGGUUUCCCCCCGCCCUACGUGCACGGCAACCGCUCGUCUGCCUGGCUCUACGACGCCAUGGCCGAAGCCUGGCAGGGCUGGCUGCCCCCCGCCGCACUGGAGACACUCAGAGUCGCCGGCUUCUACACACUGCAGAUCCGGCCCGGCCUGCGCCUCGUCUCCCUCAACAUGAACUUCUGCUCCGAUGCCAACUUCUGGCUUCUCAUCAAUUCCACGGACCCGGCCGGGCAGCUCCAGUGGCUCGUGGGCGUCCUGGCAGGAGCGGAGGCGGCCGGCGAGAAGGUGCACAUCAUCGGGCACAUCCCACCCGCCCACUGCAUGCGGAGCUGGAGCUGGAAUUACUACAGCAUCGUCAACAGGUUUGAGAGCACCAUCGUGGCCCAGUUCUUCGGCCACACGCACGUGGACGAGUUUGAGAUGUUCUACGACGAGGAGACCCUGUCGCGUCCUGUCUCCGUGGCCUUCGUGGCCCCAAGCGUGACCACCUACAUCAACCUCAACCCUGGCUACCGCGUGUACCAGCUGGACGGGAACUACCCCGAGAGCUCGCACAGGGUGCUGGACCACGAGACCUUCAUCCUGAACCUGACUGAAGCCAAUGCAGCCGGGCCAGGGGCCACGCCGCACUGGCACCGCCUGUACAGGGCACGCGAGGCCUACGGGCUGCCCAACGCCUUCCCGGCCGACUGGGACCAGCUGCUGCGGCGCUUCCAGGACGACGAGCGCCUGUUCCAGCGCUUCUGGUUCCUGUUCCACAAGGGGCACCCGCCGCGCGAGCCCUGCCGGGACGCCUGCAAAGCCGCGCUGCUCUGCGCCCUGCGCACCGGCCGUACCGAUGACCCUGCCCUGUGCCGCAGCCUGCGGCCCGCCCUGCCCUUCGCCCACAUCCAGCGCCUCUGGGACCAGCGCAGCUUCUGCUGACCCACGCGCAGGGGAAGCUUGCUGUGCUCAGGCCCUGCCUGGGGCAUAGACGGAUGCCAGCCCCGGGCGCAGGGGGCCCUGCUCGGCUGUGCCAGGAGGACGCCGGGGAUGGGGUACGCUCCGCCAUCCCCUUCCUGGCUGCAAGGGGGUGGGGGGGAGAGAGACAGGUGCAUCGGGACCAGGUCUUUGCAGAGGUGAGGGGAGGGGGGUGGCAGAUGUAGGGGGCAGCGGGGUGCUGCAGAGCAGAGUGGAUUUAGUUCAAUCAAAUCAAUUUCAUGAUUUAAAUCAGUCAGGAAACCUCGCUUUAAUCGUCUUCUGCAAAAAGUGCAUUUUCGUUGUUUUAAUACCCUCUAUUCCAGCGGUUCCCAAUGUGUGGUACACAUGCCACCAGCGGUUUGCAUUCAUGAUUUAUUAUAAUUGCUUUACAUGACAAACAUUUGCUGGCGGUACUUAAGGCUGCAGUUUUAAACUGGUAGUGUGCAAUCUGUCAGUGGGAACCGCUGCUCCAUUUAACUUCUUGAAACUUUGCACUUUUAGAGGGGGGAGGGCUUGACAGUGUGUGCGCAAGCUUAAAGAGAGACGAGGGCUCACGGUGGGUAACCGGGUCUGUUCUCUCUCACCUCCGCAUACUGCUGUUAACAAGGAUGUUACCUCUGGAGACAACAAAUUCUCCCUAGGCCAGAAGAAGGGCGUUUGUGUCCAAACGCUUAGAGAACAAUUUUUCCAACUACUUAGUUGGUCUAAUAAAAGAUACCACAUCUACCCAAAGAACCUCAUCGGUCUAUGAUCUCUGGACACACAAGUCUAGUUUGAGAACUGAAACUAAGCUUCACAGAGACACUUAACAGGAUCUUCUUGACCGAGCUCUCGUUCCCAGUGGGUAGAUUAGUAAAGGAAACCAAUCUAUAGA